AUGGCUUCUUGCUUCAAGAUAGUUCGCCGACUCUUCCAGCCAGUAUCCGCCAGAGUUCAACCUAACACCGUUAGAUUCACUCGAAACCCCGUCAAGACGCAAAUGGCGACCAUCACGACCCCACCUCCCGGCAAGCUCGAGUGGCUUGUCGUCAUCCCCGAUAAGCCGGGUACCCAGCAGAAGAGGAUUGAAGUGCGCGCUCAGCACUUCGAGGGCUUAAAGCCGUAUGUCGAAUCUCAGCAGUUUAAGACAGGAGGUGCCGUCCUCAAAGACAAACCCGAGAGCGACGACCCCUCGACCUGGGACUGGUACGGUAGCACGAUAGUAGUCGUUGCCGAGUCUAAGGACGAAGUCAAGGCUAUCAUCGAGAAAGACAUUUAUACCAAAUCCGGAGUUUGGGAUACUGAAAAUGUGCCGGCAUUACCUGUAAUGGAUUUGUCGUAG